AGUUCAGAAACCGGAAGUUUUCCGAGAGUGGCAGUUCUCCCCUUUUUAGACAUUCUCUGAUGCCAUGCAAACGUGAGUGACUUCCUACACCGCUAGUGGCAGUAGUCAGCUUAAAGUGGAAUCCACCUACCACUAACAAGAUAUGAAACAGAAGUUUGGAUAGUACACAAUGAAAAUCCCCAGAAAUACAAGCACACUCAGAGAGGACAUGGACUUCAGGUGUUUUGAGUGUGUUCCUGGAGCAUAGGACAAGGGAAUUACAGAAUUAUCUCAUUUGAGUGUAUUAUUUUUAUUUAGUUUGUUUGUUUUGGACUAUGGGAAAUUAUAGACCUAUAGCACUGUUCUUAAACUAUGUUUACACAUCAGGUGUUGCAGGGAAGCGUUUUAUUAAGACGCAAUAACAACACAACACAACAACAAUAGCAUCCAUCGUUGUUGAGUAUACAUCAGUGGGUUCUUUUCACCAUAUUCCAUAUUCCUUAGACAAAAUCUUAAACUGACUCACUCUCAUCACUGUGCAAAUUGUUUGCAACCAGUAGGCUAUCAACUUAAUUUCUACCUCAGACUCUCAUCCAUCAGAACUCACUUAAUCUAAGUCAACCAACUGUAGAGCAAAAUGGAAAACCAAGCUCCAACUACUGUUUCGCCCAACUCCUCAUUCAACCCUUAUCCUAUUCAGCCUGCUAUGGCCCCAUCCGUGCAGUUGGGGUUCACCACCCUGUACACCUGCCUAUACGGAAGUCUCUUCAUAAUAGUGUAUAUACAGCUUUGGCUCCUUUUGCGAUACCGCCACAAGCGCUGGAGCUACCAGAGCGUUUUCCUCUUUUUAUGCCUUUUCUGGGCAGCCUUGCGCACCACCCUUUUUUCCUUCUAUUUUUGUAAUGCUUUGGCAGCCAAUCACCUGCCCACCCCAGUCUACUGGCUGCUCUACUGCUGCCCCGUAUGCUUGCAGUUUUUCACCCUAAGUCUCAUCAACCUGUACUUCACACAGCUCGUGCUGAAAGUGAGGGGGAAGUACAGCUACGAGCCAAGCAAAGGACUGUAUGUGGCCCGCUGCGCCUACGGCGGCAUGAGUGCGCUUUUCCUCUGUGUGAACGUGGUGUGCGCCGCCCUCGGAGAGCAGGGAGAGGCUGGCGAUAAGACCUGGAGGCUGGUACUUGUGCGGGUCCUGGUCAAUGACCUGCUCUUCAUCGUGCAGGCCAUCUGUCUGGCUGCCUCUCUGCUUCUCCUGACCCGCCUCUCUCCCUCGACCAGUCUCAACGCGCACAAUAGGGGGACAUCGGUAUGCCAGACUGCUGUACAGGGAGCAGGAGUGAUUUUGUUGUUCUCUAGUAGGGCUUGCUACAAUCUUGCAGUGCUCAUGUUGUCCAAAAAUCACAAGGUGGAAUCCUUUGACUUUGAUUGGUACAACGUCUCAGACCAGGCUGACCUCCGUAGCGAGCUUGGUGAUACGGGGUACCUGGUGUUCGGGGCAAUUCUCUUUAUCUGGGAGCUGCUCCCCACCAGUUUGCUCAUUCUCAUAUUCAGAGUCCGCCAGCCUUCACAGGAAGUGAAUUAUACUCCAGCCAUUAGCAGUCAAGGCCCACGUUCCUACUUCUUUGAUGACCCUCGGAGGAUGGACGACGACACAGGUGGUCCUUGGGGCCUCAAUCACCAUAGCAGCUGGUUUGGCACAAGUGAGACAGCGCCCCUUCUCUUUGCCAAUCCCAACGACCAGACCAACCAGCACCACUCCCUCUACUCCACUCCCCAGAACUGACCAGAGGACACAAAAUACUCUGGGGUUUCCAAGACCUCCGUCAAGGGGGAGUAUUUGCACUCAAAUUCUUCUACUUCUUUGAGACUACUUGCACCUUCACAUUCCAGACCACUAUUUUGUCAAAGACACCUGUGAUUUCUCUUGAUGAGAUGAGGUCAUCUGGGAUCCAGUAGCUCACUGGUCUAUAUUAAAGCUAUAGGGAACCAAAAACUGACAGUUUUACCCUCUCAAAUGUCAGUCAGUCUUAGUUCUUGUGGAUAAAAGGGUAAAUGUCUCUAGAAUGUUUAUCAUUCCUCAGUCAUGAUUUUAGAUGUAUAAACUUAUGUAUUUUUAUUAAUACUUUAACCUGUAAAGAUUGCUCUCUAAAUUAUUUUCCUAUGACCUACACCUUUAAAUAAGUAUUUUAGAUAUAAGAUAUAUUCUUUGAUUCCGGGGGGGGUAAAUACAAGGGAUUGAUCAGGCAUAAGGUUGCUGUGUAUUAAUCAUUGUUAAUAUGUGGCUCAAUUUAAAAGGGAACUUGUGAAAGAUGGCAUUAAUAUAUAAAAAACCAUUAAACCA